CGGUGAGGCGCCAGCGCAUCCCAGCCUCGCCAAUAAUCUGAGUCGUGCGUGCUCCACCAGCCACCUUAGGGCAACUCUUGUUUCGCAUCUUGGAAAUCUCCCGCAACCUUUGUUCUGCGCUUUCGUAGCCUCACCUAUUCUUACGCGACAAGAUGUACGUCUCAAACAUCCUCUCGCUCCCAUCGACCGUCGUCCUGCUCCUCUGCGCCACAUCGAUAUCCGCCGAAUCGCCAUGGCCGCACAACCUGCCAAAACACAUGAAGUACUUCCCGGAGGAUGAGGUACACGUCAAGCGCGCGCUGGAUAUACGCGAUAGACUGCAGACCGAGAAGCCUGUUGGGAUGAAGAAGAUGAGCUUGGACGAAGGAGAGAUGUUCAUGUUGGACAAUUGGAUAUUUGCGCCCAGUGCAGAGAGUCGCAACAAGAGAUCAGAUGGCGAGGGACUUGGAAACAGAACAUGUCAAGCGCGGUCGCCUCUGAGACCCCACGAAUUUGACAAUUCGUUCCUACGCUUCCAGGCUAGGAAUGCGCUGCUGAAACGACAAUUUCAAUGUCCAGAUAACACAGCGAGCUGCUCUUCGAUUGGCGCCCCAGAUGUCUGCUGCGGUACGGGGUUGACGUGUAUGACUCUGGAUAGCAACAGCGGUGCUGGCUCGGUGGGUUGCUGUCCACAGGGGCGGACUUGUGCCGGAUCUGUUAGUUGUGACACAAGCAGCGGAUACUCGUCUUGCCCAGAUGCGUCGAAUGGCGGGUGUUGUAUGCCUGGGUUUCAGUGUUCGGGUGUUGGAUGCGUCGCGGUGGGCACAUCCGUAGUUUACGUUCAGCCAUCGACCUCGACAAGUUCAUCGGCUUCGACUUCAGCUGCAACGUCAGCUCCAGCGUCGUCUACAACCGCUGCUGUAGUCUCAACCACGUCUUCCUCUUCCUCCUCCUCUUCCACCCGGGCUACUUCGGCAUACACGUGCUCGACCGGCUGGUUCUCCUGCGCAGCCAGCUUAGGCGGAGGCUGCUGUCAAAACGGACGUGCAUGCGCGACAGGCGCUUCCUGCCUAGGCACAGAUUCGAGCACCCAGGCACCCUCAGCGCCCGUCCGACCGACAAGUCUGUCCAUCACUACAACCCAAGUUACGAGUGCGAUACCAGGCAACGACGUAUGUCCAAGCGGCUUCUACGUGUGCAGUGCAUAUCUUCCAUCAGGGUGCUGCAGAGUCGGACGCGACUGCCAAACGACCGGAUCGUGUGCUAAGCCCACUGAAACCGUCCUGGCGUCGAACGGCGUGACCGUUCUAGUACCUUCAGGAGCGACAGCAGCUGCGGAGGGCGGAUCUUGCCCAAGCAGCUGGUACAGUUGUGCUGCGGCUCAGGGCGGGAACUGCUGCCCGAACGGCUAUGCUUGCGGCGAUCAGUGCACAGCGACGGCAUCAGGACAGUCGGGCGUUCAGAACAAGGUCACGCCGAGCGCUGCGUCGUUUGUGUCUGAGGUGUCGAUCUGUAUGAUGAUUUCUGCUGCUUUUGCGGUUGGUUUCGCGAUGAUCGCUCUAUGAUCUUACGUUGAUUUACGAUUUGUCACUACGAAUUCAUGUAUACUCUUACGCUUAGCAUCACUGUCUAUAGCAAGCGUUUUAUCAAUCAAGACUUUUCGGUUUCCUUUCUGCACUCCUUAUUUGGAGUAUUAACUUCUCAACGUUAUUUGCUGUUCAAAGCAUCUUCUCCGUAUUACACAUCCCACUGAUGCGCUUUCCAUUCCCAAUCUCCACGACCGAUCUAUGACAACUUCAGGAUAAAAGAACGCGAUCCGCAAAAAGGCCAGAGUCAAAAACCGCCAGCAG